AUGGAGGAGAUGAACGCACCCGUCUCCACUCAGGCCAUCCUCUUCAUCACCCUCUCCUUUCCAGCCUUCCUCCUCUGCGUUGCACCAAUGAUUUGGCAUUUCCGUCAAGCCAACGUCGCAGCCGGGUCACUCAUCUUAUGGAUUGUCCUUCACAACCUCUUCAACUGCAUCAACCCACUCAUCUGGCCCCGCGACAACCUGACCGAAUGGUGGGACGGUGCGGUCCUGUGCGACAUUCAGAUCCGGCUCCAGGUCGGUAGCUAUGUGGGAUUGACCGCCUCGUUGGCCCUGGUACUACGCAAGCUCGCCAACGUUAUGGAUACACGCAAUAUUACUGUGUCGACCAGCCAUAAGAGCAAAGUCAAAGCGAAGAUCUGGGAAGUCUUUUGGUGUUGGGGCGUGCCGCUGUUAUUGAUGGGCAUUUACUAUGUCACCCAGUACAAUCGCUAUGCAAUCGUCGGUAUUGCUGGGUGUUGGUCUGUCCAUGAUGCUUCAUGGCCUAGCAUGGUCAUCAGUUUCAUGUGGUCAGCCGUUGGCAUUGUGAUCGAUUCCUACUGGGCAGCCCUACUUAUCUGGCGUCUUUACCGAUACCGACGCGAGUUCCACCGCCUUGUUGCAGCGCGAAACACCACGUCCUCACGCUUCAUCCGCCUCUUCCUGGUCAGCCUCAUCGUCAUCUCCUUCUAUCUGAUAUACACCAUCGUACUCCUCAUACAAAUGGCCGGAAGACUCCACGACCAUUACUCUUGGGAUAGAGUCCAUGAUCCCGAGAGAUGGAACAGAAUCACAAGAGAGCCCGGGCUGGGUAAGAUCAGUAUCGAGAAGUGGGUCCAGAUCGCCACAGGAUUCAUCAUCUUCGGCUUCCUCGGCACGGGAGUCGAUGCAAAUGCUCAUUACAGAGGACUGUUGGUCUUUAUCGGAGCUGGCAAGAUAUGGCCUAGCCUAUUACCCGGAUCGGCCAAAAGGAGGAGACCAACCAGUUUCUCCGCUCCUCGUGAUUGGACUACAUACUUUUCCAGCAAAGCAAAGAAGAUGUCGUGGUUCGGUGCUUCUGACUCUACACAGUCGACAUCAACGAGCGCGGAUUUCAAGAACGAUACUUGGACCGCGUCUACAUACAAUAGCCCCGUGGCUCUCGAUUCGAUCCCCCGCUUACACAGCGUCACAACGCAAGACACCUUGAUCUCCCAGAAGAACGAUCAAGAAAUGGCUUCGAAAAAGCAUAACCAGUCCGACUCAAAAUCUCCAUCAGCAUCCCCAACACCUCCCCGUCCUACAUUCUUCUCCCGCUACUUCACCCGCCCCUCUCUAAACGGGCCUCUCCUCCCCCUCUUCUCCUACCGCAACAUCGCCGAGAUCAACGCUGCCAGCUCAAACAACGCCUCUGAACCGAGUAACUCUCUCACGACCACCGACACAAAUCCCCCCAAACCCCCCACGCCAACCCUCCCCUCCGGCGUCCACACCCGCGCCUGGGCCGAAGACAUCUCCUCCUCUCCCCCUUCCGCUGGGAUGAACAAUGAAGGUCAUGGUCACGGGAGGAGCGUUCAUGUUGUACGCGAAGUGCAUCAGCAGCGGGAUAAGAAGCGAGGGGGUGAGUUUGAGAGGGUGGGUAGGGAGAUGAGAGAUUGGGCUUGA